AGCAUCCUGGCGGCGUCCGGCCACCGAGAGGUAACGGGCCGGGCCGUGGGCGGGCGCGCGGGGAGCAGGGCCAGGACCGGGCCGCGUUCUGCGGGAGCCGAACCCUCUUGGUCUUCGCCGCCGCCACCCGGAGCGGGAUGCGGCCCGGAAACUGCGCGGGGCUGGCCGGCUGGGGCCGCCCGAGAGGCGCCGCGGAGAUUACAUGGCCAAGGCAGACAAGUGGAAUUAGGCCUUGCUGCGGGGGACUUCAUUUCCUUCUCAUUACUGAAUUUAUGAGGAGGUAGCUUGUGAAAGUGUGAUGUUCGUGUAUUUCUCGACAGAGGGUCUGCAGAUCUACUCUGAGGAUAGCAUAGACGUGUCUCACACAGGCUGCAGUAAAUACAGGUGUGCAGGAGCCAUUUGUCAUGGAAGCCAGGGAGCCUGGGAGGCCCACACCCACCUACCAUCUUGUCCCUAACACCAGCCAAUCCCAGGUGGAAGAAGAUGUCAGCUUGCCACCUCAAAGGUCCUCGGAAACUAUGCAACUGAAGAAGGAGAUCUCCCUGCUGAAUGGAGUCAGCCUGGUGGUGGGCAACAUGAUCGGCUCAGGGAUCUUUGUCUCACCCAAGGGUGUGCUGGUAUACAGUGCCUCCUAUGGGAUGUCGCUGAUUGUAUGGACCAUUGGUGGGCUCUUCUCUGUUGUGGGUGCCCUUUGUUAUGCAGAGCUGGGGACCACUAUCACCAAGUCGGGAGCCAGCUACGCUUAUAUUCUAGAGGCCUUUGGGGGCUUCAUUGCCUUCAUCCGCCUGUGGGUCUCACUGCUAGUUGUUGAGCCCACCGCUCAGGCCAUCAUCGCCAUCACCUUCGCCAACUACAUCAUCCAGCCGUCCUUCCCCACCUGUGAUCCCCCAUACCUGGCCUGCCGUCUCCUGGCUGCUGCUUGUAUAUGUCUGCUGACAUUUGUGAACUGUGCCUAUGUCAAGUGGGGCACACGUGUGCAGGACGCGUUCACUUAUGCCAAGGUCCUAGCGCUUAUUGCCAUCAUUGUCAUGGGCCUUGUUAAACUGUGCCAGGGACACUCUGAGCACUUUCAGGAUGCCUUUGAGGGUUCCUCCUGGGACAUGGGAAACCUCUCUCUUGCCCUCUACUCUGCCCUCUUCUCUUACUCAGGUUGGGACACCCUUAAUUUUGUAACAGAAGAAAUCAAAAACCCAGAAAGAAAUUUGCCCUUGGCCAUUGGGAUAUCUAUGCCAAUUGUGACGCUCAUCUACAUCCUGACCAAUGUGGCCUAUUACACAGUGCUGAACAUUUCAGAUGUCCUUAGUAGUGAUGCUGUGGCUGUGACAUUUGCUGACCAGACAUUUGGCAUGUUCAGCUGGAUCAUCCCCAUUGCUGUUGCCCUAUCCUGCUUUGGGGGCCUCAAUGCAUCGAUCUUUGCUUCAUCAAGGUUGUUCUUCGUGGGCUCCCGUGAGGGCCACCUCCCGGACCUUCUGUCCAUGAUCCAUAUUGAACGUUUUACACCUAUCCCUGCUUUAUUGUUCAAUUGUACCAUGACACUCAUCUACCUCAUUGUGGAGGAUGUUUUCCAGCUAAUCAACUACUUCAGCUUCAGCUACUGGUUCUUCGUGGGCCUGUCUGUUGUUGGACAGCUGUAUCUUCGCUGGAAGGAGCCUGAGCGGCCCCGGCCUCUCAAGCUGAGCCUGCUUUUCCCCAUUGUGUUCUGCAUAUGCUCCGUAUUUCUGGUGAUAGUGCCCCUCUUCAGUGACACCAUUAAUUCCCUCAUCGGCAUUGGGAUUGCCCUUUCUGGAGUCCCUUUCUACUUCCUGGGUGUUUACCUGCCAGAGUCCCGGAGGCCACUGUUUAUUCGGAAUGUCCUGGCUGCUAUCACCAGAAACACCCAGCAGCUUUGCUUUUGUGUCCUGACUGAGCUUGAUGUAGCCGAAGAGGAAAAGGCUGAGAGGAAAACUGACUAGAGGUCAGAGGUAGCUCUCUGAGGGCCACCUAUGGCCACAGCCACCAAAAUCCUGAUAACAAGACUCUGUGGGCUCAACUCUCCUGAAUUAAAGGAGCCUUUUGACCCACAUCAUAUAACUGGGCUCAGGGCCAGUGCUCGCUCUUAUUGGUAAGCUAUUGGAGGAGACUCAGGAUCUGGGCCAACCUCAAGGUGGGGACUUCAGAGGAUGGGGGAAGAUUGGGGAACAGGGGAAUGGUCAUUUAGUUUUACUCCAGAUGGGUAGAUGCAGCUCUUACAGAUAUUUACUUGGUAAGGUGCAGUGGGGAAGAGGGAAUGCUAGGUUGAUAGGACUGGUGGCUUCUGAAUUUGGUAUUUCAGAUUUGAAGUAGGAGUCCCUAUAGAGGGGCUGCUUUACAGGAAUUUUUCCUCUGACCAGGUCCAACACCUGACUUUAAAGGCCUGAAAUGCUACCAUUUCUUCCUCUGGCUCAAAAUUCUUCCCUGGGGAGAGAGUUAUAUUCCACUAUUUAUUGAUACUUAGUCCAGAACACCAGUUCUAAUGAAGCAUGAGUGUCUUUUCAUCUAUAGGAUGCAAUAGGCUGAUUAUAUUUAAAAUUCAAAGCACCCAAAACUGAGUCCCUCUGCUCUCAGAAAUGAUUGUGGUGUUGGAUCAGACUCUGACCACAAUUUUAUGCCGUUUAGCACAAUCUUCCUAUUGAGUCUUACCUGCAACAAUGAAAUUUAAAGAUUUUUUUACUCAUGUACCAGUUAUACUUUAGUAUAUAAGUAGGUCACAUUACAAGCACCUGGCUCAGGUCCAGCAAGGACAGAUGAACAAAUUCAUGAGUCAGAAGUCUGUUAAUACCGCUGUUUUUGAAGGAUAAUCCUUUAUUUUACUUAAGACCUUGUGUCUUUGUUCUAGCCGAUAGUAAAUCUCUGGGUUUCUGUUACAAACUUUAAGAGGGCUGAAACUUAUGGAAUUCGGGUGGAUCACCUGAAUUCAUUCAGCUGUCAAUGGCUUGGAGAACAUCUCAUGGGCUCAAGUCAUCAAAUAACCUGUUCCUCUCUGUAAGGGCAGUGUGAGGGACUGCUGUGCAGACCCAAGCAAGGCCAUCCUGGUGCUAGGUCAUUUUUCUGAAAACCUCCCAUCAGGCUGCAUCCUCCUCUUCUGUCCCUGGCACCAGACUUUGUUUACACUUGGAACUGCCUUGGUGUGGGUCACCAGGACAGGGCACUCCUCUCCUGCCAGCCUCCCUUUCUCCAAGGUGUGGUGGGCUGCAGUCUCAGGAAGAGCUUGGUACUUGUGGGGACUUCUGUUUUCUCCCUGUGGAGAUCAGUGAAGACUGGGAGGAAAGCUGCUUCAACCUCAGUCCGGCUCCUCAGCAGGCUGCACAAGUGCAGGCAACUAAUUCUGGUGCUCAGGCUGGGCUCUCCACCCAAGUCAGGCCUGCUCUGGCCUAAUAGAUCUUACUCUAUGAGCAGUACAGCUGCAAUGGAUUGUACAACUGUUUUGUGAUGCUGCCAGACACUGUCAUCCUGGGCCCAGAAGAACCUGCUAGCUUGACACACCUCAUGGGCUUCUUAUCCUUAAGUUUUAGAAUUGGUCAACAGUGAGGCAGUCUCCCUUUCUGACCAUUCUUCUCCACCCAGUCACAGAUAAGGGAAUAACCUUGGACAUAUAUUUGCUCAAUAAAGAUUGAAGGAAGCAUGGU